AUGCAGCGAUGGCCAGGUAAAAUAUAUUCACGAUUGUAUGGGCCAAUUAUUUGUCAACUGAGUAAGCGAUACCAAAGCACCGCUGCAAAAUUUGAUUCGUCCGUUCUGGCUGGAACCUCAACGUUAGAUAAUGUGCCCAUUACAACUAAACUAGAGUUUCUACCAUCGAAAGCUAAAUCAAUUAUUCCUAAAUAUCGGAUAAUGGACACAGAUGGUAACAUUAUAAAUAAAAAUGAAAUGCCAAACUUCUCUGACAAUCAAUUGAUUAAAAUAUAUAAAGAUAUGACGAUGCUUGAGACGAUGGAUCACAUUUUAUUUCAAUCACAACGGCAACAACGUAUUUCUUUUUAUAUGACACAUCGUGGCGAAGAAGCAACGCAAAUCGGUAGUGCUGCAGCACUCGAUCCUGGCGAUCUUGUCUAUGCUCAAUAUCGAGAAGCUGGUAUUCUUCUCUAUCGUGGUUAUAAACUACAUCAAUUUAUUGAUCAAUGUAUGGGCAAUGCACGAGGCUCUUGUAAAGGAAUUCAAAUGCCGAUUCAUUAUGGCUCGAAAGAUCUUAACUAUGUCACUAUCUCGUCUACUGUGGCUACACAAAUGCCACAAGCUGUCGGCAGUGCUUAUGCUUAUAAGCGUGCAGCUAAUGAAAAAUGUGUUGUUUGCUAUUUUGGCGACGGCGCAACAAGCGAAGGUGAUGCCCAUGCAGCAUUUAAUUUUGCCGCUACACUCGAAGUGCCAAUUAUAUUCAUCUGCCGCAACAAUGGAUAUGCGAUCUCGACACCAUCCAAAGAUCAGUAUCAUGGUGAUGGCAUUGCUUCUCGUGGGACUGGCUAUGGUAUGAUGGCAAUACGUGUCGAUGGGCACGAUCUAUUCGCUGUUUACAAUGCAACUAAAGCAGCACGUCAAAUGGCUGUUAAUGAAAACAAGCCGAUACUAAUCGAAGCCAUGGUUGAUAGAUUUGGUCCUCAUUCAACUUCAGAUGAUAGUUCAGCGUAUCGAUCCGAGGAGAAAAUGCAGCAUCACGCAAAGAUAAUCGAUCCCAUAGAACGCGUUCGUCGAUAUAUGGAUGUACGAGGCUGUUGGAAUAAUGAAAAAGAGGAAACUUGGAGAAAAGAAGCAACAGACAUGGUAUUGAAAGAACUAGAACAAUGCGAGCACAUAAAACGUGCACCAAUCACGACCAUGUUCGAUAAUGUAUUUGAAAAAGUGGAACCACAUUUGCAAAAGCAGAUGCAUGAGCUGAUACAGCAUGUUCAACAAAAUCACGAAGCGUCCUUUCUAACAUUGCUAUCGAAGUACGAACAAUCGUAUGUGCCAAAUAAAUAA